AUUAUUUUUCAUUCUCUCUCUCUCUUUUUGUCAAUUCUGUAGGAACUGGAAACAUACAUAACCACAUAACCAGCUCUCUCCUCUCCUUCUCUUUCCCGGAUCCUUUCUCUGUCUUGGUUUCAGGAGGGUUUUUCAAUUCUGCGUAGACUAGAAAGAAGAACCUUUGAUUGGAAUCAUCGGAAAGGGAUAGCAUUUGUUCUAGUUCAUGGUUGAAAGUCCAAAGUAAUUGGUGAAUACUUAGUUUUUUAAUCAUGGAUGAUGGAGAAUUAGAAUUCUCAAACCAAGUUUUAAAUAUGAGUGAUUCGAUGGAUGAUGAUUUCUUUAAUGGUCUCCUCAGUGAUAAUGGCCAUGCGUGCACUCAUACUCAUACUUGCAACCCACCUGGACCAGAUUUAUCUCACACACAUACUUGUGUUCAUGUCCACACUAAAAUCCUCCCCCCUGAAGAUAAGACUACUACUGAAGAUACGGAUGAAUCUGUUGAAAUGAAGUCUAAGAAACGCGCACCAGGUAACAGGGAAGCUGUUCGUAAGUAUCGUGAGAAAAAGAAAGCUCGGGCUGCUUCAUUAGAGGAUGAAGUUGCCAGAUUAAGAAAUGUAAAUCAGCAAUUGAUGAGAAGGUUGCAGAGUCAAGCUGGUCUUGAGCAAGAAGUAGCUAGGUUGAAGUGUUUGCUUGUAGACAUUAGAGGAAGGAUUGAAGGCGAAAUUGGAUCAUUUCCUUAUCAAAAACCCACAAAGGGUAUUGGUGGGGUUCCUCAGCACAUGCCGUCCUCUAACAUGGUUGGAGCUUAUGCUGUGAACCACUGUGAUAUUCAAUGUGAUGAUCAGGUUUACUGCUUGCAUCCUGGAUUGGAUACAUUGGGUGUUGAUGAAGCUGGUGGAUUCCACAAUGAAGUAUUUGGGCCUUGUGAUGCUGGUUACAUGCCGUGUCAUGAGAAUACUAGUUCAGGGUACAAGGAUCAUUUAGCGUGUGGACAAACAAAUGCCGGGUCAACCGCUAAUGGUAUUCCUUCAGCUGCUGCUAAGAAGCGAAAAGGAGGAGUUCGUACGCCAGCUACAGUUUGAAGCAAGUACCCUGUGAAGCUGUCACAAGGAGGAGGAUGAGGAGCUGAGUGUACAUUUUGAUCUUCGAAUAAGUAGUUUCAAUAUAGAUGAAGGCUAGUUAGCGUUUCAUUUUGAUUUACUAUUCUUUUUGUUUUCUAUUUGGGUUCGUUGGAGGGGUGUUGUUUCCGUCUUGACUAUUUGUUGAUCCCCUCAGAAGCAUAUGUAGUAUUGACUUUUCCCGUUCAAUCUUAACAUAUCAUGUAAAGUUGCCAUGUGACUGAACACAAAAAUGCACUUGUAUGAGGAAAUCUUAAUUGCUGAUGGUUUCAUUUAAA